AUGGACCACGAGGACCCGGAGGCAUUCUUGAAUCACUGCGAGGUCUACUUUACCGAGGCCUCCAUCGAGCAGUCUCUAUGGUCAAGGAUGGUCACCAAAUCCCUGACCGAGAAGGCUGACAAGUGGUAUGAGGUUUACAAAACCUUAUCACUGCCGUGGGCAAAGUUUCGCACUUUACUCACACAACAUUCCGCCGGUGUAGCAACACUCAAUAAGCUGCACAUCAAACUCUAUUCCACGAAGCAAGAGGAGCGUGAAGCCACAGGUAUCUUCCUACAAAAAAAAUACCUGUUGGCCCUAAGAUUACUGCCUUUGGCCCCGGAGGGACAGAUUGUCUCCCUGUUAUUGGAGGCCCUUAAGCCCUCUAUCAAGAAGGUGCUACGCGCAGCCAACAUCGCCACGUUUGAAGAGCUGGUCGAACGGGCCGUACAGGCCGAAGCCGACGAGUCAGAGGAGAACCCGCGCAGGGCCAGCCGUGAUCCACCUGCCAAGAACGGCACCACCACAACUAACUCAACCUCCAACGUCGAGGCUAACUCGGCCCCGGCCAGGCCCCCGCCGCAGUGCCAUUAUUGCCCGGGGCGCCACUUCCACGGAGAGUGCCCGGUUAUCAAAGCACGUCAAAACGCCGCGGUCCCGGGAAACUGGAGGAACCGGGCGGCCGAGGCAGAUGCCCCUGCCGCCCCGACAACGCCGAGCGCGCCCCAGUCUUAA